AUGAAGAACGUACGGCCAGCUCCAACUCAAAUCAGUUUACGUGGGCUCUCUUCGCAUUCGAUGGACGUGGAUUGGACGAAUCUCGCCUAUAUUGAAGGGUUUGGGUUCCGUUUGGACGAAUGUCUGCUCGUUCUCAAGCAGAGUCCCCGUUUAGUGCAUUGCAAUUUCGAAGAUGUUGGAUACAGGGUCAGCACUGGUCAGCGCGACGAAGUGCAUAUUGUGCACAAGUCAGUUCGGUGGCUGUGGCUCGACGACAGGAGCAAUAUGGCCAACUUCUUCGACGUCGUCUCCCUCCCUUCACUGGUCUAUCUCGCCUUCGCGGCCGAAUUCCAACCGUCUCAAGCACUCGACUCUGUCACUUCUUUCAUCAGACGCUCGGGAUGCUCUUUGGAAACGCUCAGAAUCACGAACGGCGAUCUCCAAGAAGCACCCAUCAUCCCCCUCCUCGAAGCCACGCCCGAGCUGUAUCGUCUGGAGCUGUUCGCCGUCAAGCUCUCGGAUACCCUCUUCCAGCACCUCGGCGAGACCGUGUUGGAUGUAUACAACGGAGAAGUCAAGGCGUUCCUCCCGGAUCUCGAUUCCAUCGACUUGUACGGUGCUUUAACAAUUCAGCUGCCAGGCAUCGCAUUAUCUGGUCUCGGGUCCUUCCAUGUCAUCCACUACAUCGACGAUGCGAAUUCUGCCAUCUUCCGGGAGCUUAUUUCGGAGGAUGGCGUAGAUCUUUCUAUUACAGAUUCGUCGAAUCGAAAUUUGAUCAAGGACCUCGAGAUGCUGGAGAGGUCCGACUGA